CUGGACUUCCUGCCUCAGGGCAGCAUAUCUCUGCCACCCUCACUCAUCACGAUGAAGAACAUCACUGUUUUUGCCAUCAUCGCUCUGGCAGCCACCACAUGGGCUGCCUCUCCUCCUGGGAUCAAAGAGGUGGACUGCUCCAAAUACAACAGAAAUGGAAUGAUUGUAUGCUCAAGGGAGCGGAACCCAAUGUGUGGCAUAGAUCAUCAAACUUACAGUAAUGAAUGCAUGUUUUGCCAGCUGAACCAAAAUAAAGGAUUUCAACUCAGAAAACUUCAUGAUGGUGAAUGUGAUAUUGAGUGCCGCGAUUAUUCUGUGUUCUGUACCAUGGAAUAUGUAGCUCACUGCGGAUCUGAUGGAGAAGUGUAUCCUAACAAAUGCUCAUUUUGCAAUGCUGUUGUGAAGAGACGUGGUACACUUUUUUUGGCAAAGCAUGGAGAAUGCGAGUCUCCCUGAUGCUCAAGGGCACCAAGUUCCCUUUGGCAGAUUCCACAUAGAGAACCAAUCCCUCUCAGCUGUGGGGUGAAUAUAUGGAUUUGAUUCUUCAAUAAAAGAUUCUCUGCAGAAAGGUUUCA